UCAACAAGGCUCGACUCCCAACCCUCCCAUGGCAAAACUUGCUAUCCUUGCCUUACUGUGGAUGUAACUGCAACAUGCAGUCAAUGCACGCUAACUCCCCAUUUUUCUGAUCAAAAUAAAGAGGAUCUUCAAGCUCUAGUUAGCCAUUUUGGGAGUGUGCAUCAUUUUCGCGGCAGAUAAGAAAAUGUGAAGGGAGAGAUGGAUUUGGGAUAGAUUGAUAGACGCAAGGACAUCACUGCUGGGAAGGAGAAAUUCUCCUCUGAGAUCCUCAACGAUGGAGAGGUCACUCAACAAUGAUGAGAUUCCUGACCUUGCUGUGGCAGAAUGUCCUAUUGAUGAAAAGAAGUUCUUCUGUGGCCUUGUCAAUCAGGGAGCAACUUGUUAUAUGAACUCCACCCUCCAAAUGAUGUACCAUAUACCUUCUCUUAGAAAGGCUGUGUAUCAAAUGGCAACAACUGAGAUUGAAAAUCCUUCUGGGAGCAUCACUUUGCAUUUGCAAAAUCUUUUCUAUGAGCUCCAAUAUGGUUCACAAACUGCUGUAGGAACCAAAGAGUUUACAAAAUCCUUUGCAUGGGGCAAUGUGCAGCAUGACGUGCAUGAGUUCAAGAUGACUCUUUUUCUAAAGCUUGGAGAUGAGGCAACUGCUGUAAAAGACAAUACAGCAACUGUUCGAGGACCUAGAUUUCCUCUACCACUGAGGAAAUUACUACAGAGAAAGAUGAAUCUCUUUAUGGUGUUUAUUGAACCAAUAAUUUACCUUUCAUGUUUAUUUCUGGUGAAAAGCUUUAAUAUCAUUUAACUUGUCCUCAUAUCUCUUUUGACAAAUCUUCAGCUUGAUGUCAGGGGGUGCACCGAUUUAUAUCCUCUUUUGAUAAGUAAACUGAAAUAGAACUUAUCGAACACCGGGCAGGAGAAGGAUUUGGUUUGCAGGUCAAGUUUUGUGUUGAAUGAGCUUAUAGUUACAUGAUAUUUUGU